GUGCAUCAGGGAAACAGGCUGGGUUUCUGAGAAGCCCGCUGCUGGGUGGGCGACCUUUAGGUGCCGGUCCCUGCCCUGCCCGGCCGCUGCCCCGCUGCUGUGUCCAGGGUUUGGCGAGGCGCUAGGGCGCGCAGUUGGCGCGGGGCAGCGGCGGCGAUGCCGGACCCCGCUGCGCACCUGCCCUUCUUCUACGGCAGCAUCUCGCGCGCCGAGGCCGAGGAGCACCUGAAGCUGGCGGGCAUGGCCGACGGCCUCUUCCUGCUGCGCCAGUGCCUGCGCUCGCUGGGCGGCUACGUGCUCUCGCUGGUGCACGACGUGCGCUUCCACCACUUCUCCAUCGAGCGCCAGCUCAACGGCACCUACGCCAUCGCCGGCGGGAAGGCGCACUGCGGCCCCGCCGAGCUCUGCGAGUUCUACUCGCGCGACCCCGACGGGCUGCCCUGCAACCUGCGCAAGCCGUGCAACCGGCCGUCGGGGCUGGAGCCGCAGCCCGGGGUCUUCGACUGCCUGCGGGACGCCAUGGUGCGCGACUACGUGCGCCAGACGUGGAAGCUGGAGGGCGAGGCCCUGGAGCAGGCCAUCCUCAGCCAGGCGCCCCAGGUGGAGAAGCUCAUCGCCACCACGGCUCACGAGCGGAUGCCCUGGUACCACAGCAACCUGACGCGCGAGGAGGCCGAGCGCAAACUCUACGCGAGCUCGCAGACCGACGGCAAGUUCCUGCUGAGGCCCCGGAAAGAGCAGGGCACGUACGCACUGUCUAUGAUCUACGGGAAAACCGUGUACCACUACCUCAUCAGCCAGGACAAGGCCGGCAAGUACUGCAUACCCGAGGGGACCAAGUUUGACACGCUCUGGCAGCUGGUGGAGUACCUGAAGCUGAAGGCGGACGGGCUCAUCUACUGCCUGAAGGAGGCCUGCCCCAACGCCAGCGCCAGCGCCAGUGCAGGGGCCGCUGCUCCCACCCUCCCCGCCCACCCAUCCACGUUCACCCAUCCUCAGAGACGGACCGACACCCUCAACUCAGAUGGAUACACCCCUGAACCAGCCCGCCUAGCGUCCCCAGAGAAGCCGCGGCCCCUGCCCAUGGACACGAGCGUGUACGAGAGCCCCUACAGCGACCCCGAGGAGCUCAAGGACAAGAAACUCUUCCUGAAGCGCGACAACCUCCUCGUAGCUGACAUCGAACUUGGUUGCGGCAACUUUGGCUCCGUGCGCCAGGGCGUCUAUCGCAUGCGCAAGAAGCAGAUCGACGUGGCCAUCAAGGUGCUGAAACACAGCACAGAGAAGGCGGACAAGGACGAGAUGAUGCGCGAGGCGCAGAUCAUGCACCAGCUGGACAACCCCUACAUCGUGCGGCUCAUCGGCGUCUGCCAGGCGGAGGCCCUGAUGCUCAUCAUGGAGAUGGCGGGCGGCGGGCCGCUGCACAAGUUCCUCACCGGGAAGAAGUGA